AUGUUUAGGUGGAAGAUGAUUUAUUCUCCUUCAUUUAAUAUUUUUAUCAGUUCAAGUUUUUUUCGACCUCGAAAUAUUAUUGGAGGCAUCACAAAACUUCAACGUAAUUUCCUAUCAACGAUGCAUCAAGAACCACCUUCUUUGAAAGAAAUCAACAUUUUGAAGGAUAGUGUGAAUCCAAAUGUUUUCAAUGUCCAGCUUAAUCGUGCAGAGAAGCGGAAUACUUUUACUGACAGUUUUUGGCGUGAAUUAAAAACAGCUUUUUCCUAUUUGGCGGAAGAGCCAACAUGCAGAUCUAUUGUCUUAUCUGCGAAUGGGCCUGUUUUUUGUGCUGGUAUUGAUCUAAAAGAAGGAAUAGUGGAAACUUCAAAAAUAAUGUCAAACGAGGAAUUGGAUGUUGCACGAAAGUCUCGUUCUAUAAGAGAAUUGAUUAAGCGAUAUCAAGAAAGUUUUUCAUCUUUAGAGGAAUGCCCAAAACCAGAAGUUGAUAUUGGAAUAGCAGCAGAUGUUGGAAUAUUACAACGAAUUCAUAGAAUCGUUGGAAAUGAUAGUUGGUCGAGAGAAAUGGCUUUUUCUGGAAGGGACGCGAGUGCAGAUGAAGCGAUGAGAAUGGGUUUUAUAUCUCGUACAUUCGAUACGAAAGAAGAUUGUUAUGAAGCUGCAAUGAGUUUAGCUAGACAAAUUGCUUCAAAAAGUCCUGUUGCUGUUCAAGGUACAAAAUUGGCAAUGAAUUACGCUCGGUCUCAUGGAAUUGAGGAUUCUUCUGAAUGGAUCAGAAAUUGGAAUGCAUCAAUGCUCCAAACUAUGGAUAUAAGUGAAAAUGUUAAAGCAAAAUUGUCAAAAACAAGUGAUAACCCUGUAUUUAAGGAUUUUUAA